AUUUGGUUCGGUUUUGCUCUAAGAGAUGCAUUAGUCUGUGAAACGCCGCCGUUUGUCAAAACUCUGUAUCUCGAAAAGGUGAAACAAGAUACGAACUUAAUGAGUGGAGAGAAAACACGUGUCCUCAGCUUGAACAGAUAAUUUUGCGACUCUUGAGAAAGGAAGACGAAGGAUUUAGUAGAAGAAGAAGAAAGAGAGAGAGUCUUGUGAUAUCGAAGGAAGAUGGCCUUAUCUCAAGUCUCUGCGUCUCUCGCCUUUUCUCUUCCCAAUUCUGGUAUCACAAACCCAAGUUCUGCUUGUCGGGUUCAUAUUCCGCAACUUGCUGGAAUCCGAUCCACUUUCGCUUCUGGUUCUCCUCUCUUGCCAUUGAAGUUGAGUAUGACUCGUAGAGGAGGAAGAAACAGAGCAGCAUCAGUUUCUAUCAGAAGUGAGCAAAGUACAGAAGGAAGCAGUGGUUUGGACAUAUGGCUUGGUCGUGGCGCCAUGGUUGGUUUUGCAGUUGCCAUUACUGUUGAGAUUUCAACUGGAAAAGGACUUCUUGAGAAUUUUGGAGUAGCAAGUCCAUUGCCUACGGUUGCUUUAGCUGUUACAGCAUUGGUUGGUGUUCUAGCUGCGGUUUUCAUCUUCCAAUCUUCUUCUAAAAACUGAUCUAAAAGAAUCUUCUUGUAUUAAGAAUCUUGUUUGUGAUGCUGCUGCGGAGCAUUUUCUUGUAUUAAGAAUCUUGUAUCAUAUAUCACUGUAACUUCUACAUCCAUCAGUGGAGGAAUCUUACAUUCUUAGUUUUUUGGCUAUAUGUUAUGU